AACUCCACCCACGAGACGGUUACGCCAUCUCACGUUAUUUAGCGAACCAACUCCCACAGAUAAACAACGUUUCAUUCUCGGUAUCUCUUCAUAUCUUUCGCAAAAAAAUUAUUUUCGUGAUUUGUGUAUCUCGUCAAAUUGUUGCAGAAAAAGUUAAUUAUUCCAAGGAAUUUUACACCAGUAAUUAUUUUUCGAUCGCGGACAAUGUCCAUCCCAUUCAGCGAAGAGCAGCUGGCUCCCCUGAAGAUUUUCAUCGAGUACUGCAAGAAAGAUCCUCAGAUUCUUCAUGAGCCUCAGCUGGGUUUUGUGAAAGAAUUUAUCGAGUAUCUUGGUGGGAAAAUUCCAAAUGAGAAGGCAGCUGAGGAAACGGAGGACGCAGAUGAAGAGAGCGAUCUGGAGUUUGAUAUGACUGGAGUUAUUGAGCCGGACAGUGACACUCCUCAGCAGAUGGGCGACCUUUCUCUUGAACCAACCAGCGAACAAAUUGCUGAAGCUGAAUCGAUAUUUUCAUCAGCAGGCGAGGCUUUUUCUUCAAAGAACUACGAGAAAGCACUGGCUGGUUAUACAGAAGCAAUACUCCUUAAUCCUCAUCUAGCUCUCCUCUACGGAAAACGCGGACAAGUAUAUCUCCAAGUGAGCAAACCAAACGCUUGCAUUCGUGAUUGCAGCAGAGCAAUCGAAUUGAAUCCGGACAAUGCAGCAGCUCAUAAAUAUCGAGGACGUGCUUAUCAACUUUUGGGUAAAUGGGAAGAAGCCGCAUCUGAUCUUCGACUCGCGUGUCAAUUGGAUUUUAAUGAUCAGGCAGAUGAGUGGCUUCGUGAGGUUACACCCAACGCUCGUAAGAUUGAGGAGCACAAACGCAAGAAAGAGCGUAUGGCACGAGAAAAGAAAGAGAAAUCUCGUCAAGAAGGUGUGAAGAAGCAACGUGAGGCACCCAAGCCACGUGAAGCUGAUGCACGUCCAUCGCAGACUCAUGAGGGAGCAAAAAAGCCAGACUUGAGUGACUAUUAUGACCACCUCGAUGGGCCUGAAGUUCAGGCUGCACUCCAGGAUCAGGAAAUAUCAGCAGCAUUGGCCGACAUCCUAUCCAACCCAGUCAACAUUCUGAAGUACCAGGGGAAUCCAAAAAUAAUGACUUUUCUCGAGAAAGCAGCUUCGAAAAUUGCUGCUGCAACUGGUGCCGGUGAACAAACAGACCAGACAGGCAAGCCUACUACUGAUUCCUCGACGAAGCCAUCUGCACCGAGUGCCAAUGACGACGUCGGCCUUGAUUAAAGAUGUUUUCUACGCCACCCAAAAUCUCCUGUCUACGUUUCACUGGCGUUCAUUGCCAUAAGACCCUUUUGUUUCCCCUUUCAACAUCGUCUACACAUUUUUACCAGGAAAACCGCUGCUUAUGGCCACGAUAUUAUUAAAUAACUGACACUACUUUUAUAUGAAGAUGAAGAGAGAAGGCAAGACAUAAACUCUAACAUUUACCAUUAAUAAUAAUUUUUUUAGCAGAGACGAUCGAGGAAAGUGAAUAAAAAUAAACUAAAAUGUAUCUUCUACCAUAAAACAGAACAUAAUGUUGAGAAUAAAAUCAAUAAAAUAUUA